CUGUGGUUCGACGACGGGACCGUGGUGCUCAACGCAGAGGGCACCCUCUUCCGCGUCUACCGGGGCGUGCUUUCGCGGGAGUCUUCUGUCUUCAGGGAUAUGUUCUCUAUCCCACAAUCGGGUGUGGACGAGAUAGACGGAUGCCCGCUCGUUCGAGUGUACGACUCGGCGGCGGAUAUGGAGCGCUUCCUCAAGGCCUUUUUAGAAGCCGUGAGGGACGGCUUUGACGCCGCCGUCCUCUCUGCGAUCAUCAGACUAAGUAUCAAAUACGACGUGCCGCGACUCAAGCGCAACGCCAUCAAGCGACUGUCUUCAAUAUACCCUGCCAGCCCUGAUGAGUGGAAGAACUACGAAUACGACGCAAAUGCCAGUCUACGCAGCCAGAUCGGCAAGGCAGUAUUCAGGAUUGCCCAUGAGUGCGACCUGCGCGCGUUCCUCCCAAGCGCAUUGUAUUUUCAUUCCGAUGUGGACGACCAGGGCGGGCUGCCAACAGCAACUCAGUAUAGUCCUGAUCCCAACGACUUGCUUAGGUGUUACUCCGGUCGUCAGGCGAUCAUGGAUUGGUGGAGACGCAAGGCCCAGGAGGUCGCUCCGAGACACCCCAGGUGCAGCACUUGCGGCGCACCCAAUUGGCUCGACAUCGUUGCUGGCAAAGGCUCGCUCCGCCCUCUGAUUAGCGGAGAGACACGCUGGCAUGACUGCCUGGCGUUAGACUGGGAAUUCACGUCCAGAUGCCCCCUCUGUCGCGGACAUCGACAACAGAUAGUUGGCGAAAUGAAGGACACGCUUCGAUUAGAACUUCCUGCUCACUUUCACCUCCCCGCCUGGGAUGUACUCUUGAAGGAACUGAAUGCGCAUCUCGAGUACAAGGAUCAGCUGUCGGGGCCCUCCGGCAACUGA